CGUAGAACCGAGCGGAACGUGUCUCCUGUAUAGGACCAUCCCGAAGUCGAGCGAGCGGAAGAAAGUCACCCAUGUGUUGUUGCAGUUGCACUUGUUCGAUGAGCCCGCGAGCGUGGCAAGCCGGUUAAAGAAAAAAAGCAAACGUGCGCGCGAAAAACUUGUGUCAAGUCGAGUGUAGGGCGAGAAACCCUUACGCGAACGUGACGUGGGACAGGUUGCAGAGAAAAAAAUAAAAAAGUCCCGAAGAAAAAUUCAUAAUUCAUGAAUUAAUUAGAAAAAAGUUCUUCUGGUGAACAUGACUUCCAUCAAGUGGCAACUGCAGUGGCAUCCCCGGCAGAUAGUGCUUGUUGGAGCGGUCCUCUUCAUCGUCAGUGUCACCCACCACCACGAUGUAUCAUGUUUCAACAUCUCCUCGAACCAGAUCCACACGCUCAAUCUGGACCACCACAAACUCAAGCUAACAUGGAUGAUGGAUUGGUACAAGAAGGAAGUCCUGUUUCACGUGCAGAACACCUUCCUCCACGGGCGGUAUAAAUUCUUCGCCAUCGGAUUCUCGCCACGAGGCGAACUGAAGCGAACCGACCUGUGUAUAUUCUCGUCGGCCGGAGGCGGUGCCUUCAAACAAGUCUUCGAUACAUACACCUCGCGGGACUUCAAUCGAAUCUACGUGGACAGCGAGCAGAACUGCGACGUCAUGAGGAUCGAUGAUAACUCGGUGGCAUUUCGGAGGAAGUUCGACAGCUGCGAUCCACAGGAUGUGAGCAUCCACGGCGGGACGAUGUACGUAGUUUGGCUACGGGGGAAGAAGGAGUUGGAUUUCGGCAAGAAUUGGACCGUGAUGCCGGUCAUUGGGAAGGCGGAUCGGGGCGUGUUAUCGGUGCAGAUCUUGCGAGCGGAUUCUAUUACGAUUCCAGAGAAGAAGUCAACGGUGAGAAAGGUGGAGAUUGCCCUGGAUAAGGCCGAGAUUCCGACUGCUGAAACAACGUAUUGGUGUAAGGUUCAGCGAUUGGGGGAUUGGUUAACCGGAAAAAAGCAUCAUAUAGUGCAGUUUGAGCCGAUCAUAACCAAUGAAAAUGUUGUUCAUCACAUGGAGGUGUUCCAAUGUGUAACGGAUUCGAGUGUGGAUAUUCCGUUGUACGAAGGUAGUUGCUCCGAUAUGCCGGCGGAAGCUAAGAUUUGUAAUAAGGUGAUGGCCCUAUGGGCGAUGGGAGCUGGUCCAUUUACGUAUCCCCAUGAAACGGGUCUGCCGAUUGGGGGGAAGGACUUCAAUCCGUACAUACGGCUGGAGGUACACUUUAACAAUCCGGAGCUGAAGAAGAGCAUCGUGGACAGUUCGGGGAUGCGGAUCAACGUUGUGUCCAAAUUGAGGAAAUACGACGCUGCGAUCAUGGAACUUGGACUGGAGUACACGGACAAAAUGGCCAUUCCACCGGGACAGGUGGCUUUCCCGCUGACGGGCUACUGCAUUGCGGAGUGCACCAAGGUGGCACUGCCAUCUGGGGGUAUAACGAUUUUUGGGUCCCAGCUUCAUACCCACUUGAGGGGAGUCCGUGUCCUAACCAGGCAUUUCCGGAAGGGAGUGGAACUAAAGGAGGUAAAUCGAGACGACUUUUACUCUCAUCACUAUCAGGAAAUCAGACAACUGAGGUACCGACCGAAGGUUCUGCCGGGAGACGCUCUAAUGACCACCUGCUACUACGACACCCGUGGGUACGAGACGGCCACACUAGGUGGAUUUUCCAUUAGUGAUGAAAUGUGCGUGAACUACAUCCACUACUAUCCGGCAACGCAACUGGAGCUGUGUAAGAGCGCGAUCUCGGAGAAGUCGCUGUACAACUACUUCAAAUACAUGGCAGAAGUCGAAAAACAAUCUCCGGUCAUCCCGGGCGGGGGCCGCUCCGACAACUACCACUCGGUUCACUGGACCAAAACCCGGGCGGAUCAGCUGUUCGAGUACUACCUGGAAGAACCGCUGAGCAUGCAGUGCAACCGGUCCGAUGGCUUCCGCUUCGAAGGUUUCGACUGGGAAGGAGCCCCGAUCACAGAAUUCACUCCACCCCGGAGCACCCUCCGCGGCAACUGCCAGAUUCCUCCCGAGCUGCACUGGUUCAAACCGCUGGAGGUGGGCCACUGCGACGCCUUCGGAGAAUGCAUUUAUGAAGACGAGAAAAUCAAAGAAUAGACUAAAUCUGUUACCAAUAAAAUGUGAACUAAAGUAGGUUUAAGUUGAGAGAACAAGUUUCCUGCACAAAAUAGCUUUCACAACUAGAGACACAAUAAAUUUGUACAAAUAAAUCUAAA